AUGCUGAACUCAGGAGUCCCUCAAAAAGCCAUACAGGCUAUCCUCCUCCUCGCCUUACUUCCCCUUCAGAUUACAGCAUGGUAUAUGCAACAAGCCACCACCCAAAGCGUGCCACACUACCGCGACGGCCGUCGAACCGGCUCCGAACCCGCCUAUCUCUCCCAAUCUAGUGACGAACCUUUAACCUUCCAGUCUUGUAUAACAAUAAACUGGGGUAACCUAAACGAUAACACCAAAAUCAACUUCUUCUCUCUUGCCAGAGACCCCCCCGCUGUAUGGGAUCCAUUGAAAACUGCCAAUGAGAAUCUAAAAUACAGUGUCAGGGGUAUCGUUUUCUUCGAAGGGGCGCAUUGUGAGCCAUUGACGACUCGAGUAAUCUUCCGUCUUCGGGAUACUUACACACCUCAGAGCCACCUUUUUCUUACAUCUACGCCUAUGACACCCUCGUUGAGACUAGGCAGCUGGAGGCCCAUGUGGCUGUAUGGCCAAGAUGGUUACUCCGAUAGUUUAUCGAAGAUAGAUCCCGGAGACUUUAGGUUAUUCCCACCCCCUCGAGAUCUAGAGCGAAUCGUACAACAGCAAUUUCCUUUAAUCAAUCAGGGUCUUCGGCAAGAGCGGCAAGAUCCAGUAAUGAACCAACAGCAACAAACCCAGCAGAACCUAAUAAAUAUAGAGCCUCAAACCCAGCAGCAAGAACUGCCAGGGCUUACACGGAUCCAACCUGGUACACGCCAACAAAUCGAAAACCAGAGAAAUGGGAACCCAAACCGGAAUCAAGGAAACCAAGGGAAUCAAAGGAAUCAAGGAAAUCAAAGAAACCAAGGGAGCCGAAACAGAGGGAAUCAAAGGGGCCAAGGGAGCCGAAACAGAGGAUAUCGGAACCAAGCCGGCCAAAUACAACAGCAGAGAAAUCCCGACCCGAGGGAACAACUAACCUUCGGCGAAAUCAUUAGAGAAGACCUAGAGGAAGAAGAAGAGGAAGAGGAAGUAAUGAGUCCAAGAAAUGCACGACUCCAGCAGCUUACAAUUCAAGUAGAAAACCUCCAGAGGCUUUUUAAUAAUAUGUUAGCUGAGAGGCAGAAUGCGCGGAACAAUCCCGACCCCACCGAUGAAAUAUUCGAAGAACAAAAGGAAGACUAUAUUGAGCCCACUCAAUCCGAUGACUUAAUUGUAAGCCCCAGGUUCGGCGGUCAGCAGGAUCCUAGUCACCAACCCAACUAUGGCGACAUUAACCAAUUCUUUAGCAUGACCAACGAAGACCAAGGACAGAAUAACUACGACCAAGAUUUCUUGAACCUUGAACGAUCAAAUUCUGGAGCUCAAUACCUUGACAGAAUGUUUAUACCCCCUUUAUCACGCCAGGGAAGUUUUAGCUUUCAGUUUCAAGAUCCGGACGAUAAUUUAUUUGCGAAUACCAUUCCAGAGUCACAAACACAGGAAGUAGAAGAGGGUGAAUCAUCACGGAUUCAAGAAGAGCCAGUUGAGAGUAAUCAACAAGUGGAACCGGAAGCUAAUUCCCAAAGGGAAGAAACCGAAGAGAACCCAGAAGCCCAAGACCAAAUCAGCGAAGAACCCGUUCAAAACCAAGGCACGGGAUCCCAAGCCCAGCUUCAAGAGAACGUUCAGCCUCAGGGGGACCAACCAACAAUAAAUAACCAACGGGUCCCAGAAACCGAGAUCGAAAUGCCCCCACCUCGCCGACCAUCCCAAGCUAGGACAUACCCAUUCGAUAUCGGCCCAGCACUAGAAAACAACCGCCUCCGGUACGCCGAAUCAGUAAACCGUAAAUUACUCAACCCCUACCUCGAUAACGUAGGGAAGAUCCUUGCGGGCACUGGGAAAACGAUACAAGAAACUCUAGCCAUUAUGGCAGCGGAUCCUGAUAUAGAGCACACUGAUAUAUAUACCGCAGAGAUCGAGCGAUUAAUACGUGUUCGGAAACAAUACUUAGCCAUGAACGAUGAUAAAUGCCUUGAAGCGGUGAUAAAUGCCGGCAAGAAAUGGAAAGAAAAUAACUCCAUGGUCAUUGGCCCUCAGGGUGGGAAUCAGUAUGCCGGCCAGCAAGCUGGUCCGCAAUACGGAAGCCUGAAUGGUGGCCUUAAACGCGAAGAUGUAUAA